UGUCGUUACUCGUUUGUUUGGAAUAUCAAACAUCUCUAGAUUUCGAUUUCUUCAUUUAGUUUAUUUGAAUUAUAUUAGUAAUAAGUUAUUACAAUAUUUUUUUUUCAAAUGGCCCCACAGCAACUGUCUGGCGUCUCGGUGGUUAUAUUCAUUGCUGGUGGUAUAUUAACCUUUAUACUUUUAUUUAUAUUUGCAAAGAGGCAGAUUAUGAGAUUUGCAUUACGAUCUAGAAGAGGUCCGCACGUACCGAUUGGUCACGAUGGGAAAAAAGUAACAGUACACAUUUGAAUAUUUGUAGAUCACACAGUGAUAGUUAAGUAAUAACCAUCAUAAAAUCAAUAAAACCCGUUCACUAUUUUUUGAAUAGGUAGGUACAGUGUUUUUGAUUUUAACCCUGUAUAACAAUAUUAUAUACUUUUACUAUUAAAUUUUAAUGCAUAUAGCUUUAUAUUUUCAAUCGUUGGUUUUCAUUAAAUUGGUAAUCUAUUUAAAUAUCAUUUAUAGUAAAACACAAUUAUAGUAAAACUUUUCUAUUUCGUAUACUCACGGGACAUUAAAACUGGCUGUUAUGAAUCGGUGUACACCGUAGAAAGGUUUUAGUGUUUUUAUAAUCAAAUUCAUUCGUUUACUUGCAUUUUACAAUGCCAAAUUUUUUCAGUGAAUACAAAUAAAUAUACCACUGUAGUAUCUUUGCAUUUCCUCGUUUUUAUUUAAAAUAUCAAACAAUUUUAACAAUACAUGAAGUCCCAUUACAAAGAAAAACAACAGACUAAAUAAGCACAACUGAAUUACAAUUUCUGGUUAAAAUAAGAAAAUAGAACAAUAUUUUAUCUAUAUUGACACGCAAUCAUUCUCAGCAAUAUAAAAGUAAUUUGUCGAAACUUAAAUUCUUUGGUUGUCUUAGUUUUAUUAUAUAAUUAUCUGUUAUAGUGUCAGUGAGGAGAAAUUACUGUCCAUGCCUGUUAUAGACCAGCAAAAAUACUUAUCUUAUUACCAUAUUAUUUUGCUCGUUAAGAGAAAUGUCCACAAUAUAUAGGUGUCUGUUAAGACAGGUCCCACUGUGAUAUUAAAUAUUAUUAGCUAUCAAGAACUACAUAUUGGUAAAAUGUUUCAAAAUAAUUUUUAUUAGACAUUAAAACGGGAAAUUGAAAGACGCAUUGAAGUGAUUCCAAAAAUUGUUUUUGAACCAAAAUUAUUGUCAAGUGACCUAGACGAUGAUCAUUCAAAGUAUAUAUUACCACCAACUGAAACUAACAACAUACCAUUACCAGCACAUCAUUAUCGUAUGAAAGCAGUUGAUGAUAUCAAAAACUUGGGUAAUAUAUUAUAAUGCUUUGACUUUGACUUAACUGUCAGUAUUUAACAAUAAAUUUAAUAAUAUACUUUCAGAGAGGGAAAUUACAAAACAAGAUAAAACAUUGACUCGUCAUCCAAAUGAAAACUUACGUUCAUUUUUAUUAAACACAUUAGCAGUACUUUUGGAUGGUAGUGGACAGCACAUUGUUCAUCAGUUCUGUGAUCUUUAUGAACAUGCACGUUAUGAUCCAAAUGAAUUCUUGGAAGAAGAAUAUCAGUCAUUCAUUAGACUAAUGAAAAAGUUGAUUGAUAUGUAAGUAAAUGAUAAGUAGUAAAUACUAUAUAAAUUGAAAAAGGAAGGGUUUGUGCCAUUUACUGUGUAUACAUUUAAUUAUAAUAUACGUUUGUGUUUUAUAAAAAUUCAAUAAUAAUUGUCUAUUUUAUAAAUCCAGUGCUUUUAAAUUUAUUUUAUUUUUUUUUGUGAUUUUUAUAGAGCUAAGUUAUUGAAAUCAUAUACUGGUGAAAGUAGAAAAAACAGUCCAAAUAAAACUCCAACUCGUAAUAACAAUAUGCGAACUGGUAAUACUGGUACUAAUAAUGAGAGUAAUAGAGACUCAUCAAAUCGAUUAAAAGUUGUAUAAAUAAUAAGUAUUUUGUUUUAUUUAUUUGUUUUACCGUGUAUAAUUAGUGUAAUUGUAAAUUGUAUAAAUUGAUUUGUUAUUAAUAAUUAAAUGACUUAACUUAAAACAAUACCUACCUAUACCUGUUAAAACAUAUUUUCCAUUUAACUAAUUAUUAAAAAUUAAAAACAUAAAUUAUGAAUAAUAGAAUCUAAUAUUCUAAUAUAUAUCAAAUCAAGUUGUUCCUCCUGGGCUAUGCCUAUGGCAAUUUAUUUCAUUUAUGUCACCAAGGUAACUCAUGGUUAAACAAAAAUAAAUAAAUAAUAAUAUAUUUGUACUAAUAAAAAUACCUAAAACCCCUAUUUUACCCCCUUAGAGGUUGAGUUUUCAAAAAUCCUUUCUUAGCAGAUGUUUACAUCAUAAUAGCUAUCUUUAUGCCAAAUUUCAGCCUGAGCUGUGCAUAUAUAGAUCAGUUAGUCAGCUUUCCCUUUUAUAUGUACAAAAUACAAAUAUCAUAUACAAGAACUGUAAAUUUGAUUUCAGUCAUAGUUUUCAAUUUUUAAAAUUUGUCGUUAUUAUAUUUUAUAUUUUGAAUGCACAUUUAAGAUUCUGAGAAGAGCGAGAAAUGUAUUGAUUUUACAAUGAUGUUCAUUUUUAUAGUAAAUAAAUGUAAAAAUGAAAAAUAAAUUAAUUAAUGAAUGCAUUGCUUGGAGUAUUAUGAUAAGUGUAUUAUACGAACGGUUUCAAAUUAAAAAUUCAUCAUCAGGUAUAUCACAAUCAUUAUGUAAAACAAGAUUUUUACAUUAUUCAGAAUUAUAGUGAAUUUGUUAGACAUAUUAUUUUGAUACUUCAUAGCACAAUAGUUAACAUUAUUUAGUGAGCUGUAUAUUUUUUUUUUUUUAAUAGUAUUUAAAUUAAAAUUAUAGAUAAUAUUAAUCUCAUGUUGAUAAUUAUGUUUAUUUAAUAGAAUACGUUUAAGCCUAUAUAAUAUUGAAUUAAAAAAUGAUAGUUUUUUAAAAAUAAGGGUGAUUAGAAUCAUGUGGUAUUAUAACAUCAGUUUGUGUAGGUUUCCUAUAAAUACUAAAAUCAAGUCUAUUCUUUAUUAUGAAAACUAUAGAAUCUAAGAAAUUGUAUUUAUUAUUCAUUUGUAUUUGGAGUGUAAAUUGAAUGUUUUUAUUUAUUUUGUUUAAGUAGUUAACUAAAUUUUCUGUUUGUCUAAUUGAACCUCUAAAGAAAAUGAAAGUGCCAUCAACAUAUCUAUAAUGUGCUUUUAUAUAUGGACUAUAUAUUUUUUUGUUAAUAAUAUUAUUGGUUUCAUAAUUUUGCAUGUAAAUUUCAAAUAAAAGUGCACUUAAAAACCACCCUUUACUAGCCUUUUUUUUUUGCGA